AUGUGGGGCUUUAAUCAGUUGAAUAUUCAGGUAGAGCUUUACCUUACGUGUCUCUCCACCUGCAAUCUAACUCUUUCAGUGUGUUGCCUGGCUGAGAGGAAUGAGACGUGUGUGUUGUGUACCACUCCCCCUCACCCGACUGCACUAGAUGCCAUCUUCCCUCUCCCUCCUCUCCAACCUCUCCCCUCCUCCUCCACCUCCUUUCUCCCCUCCCUCUUCCCAUCUCCACCCCUUAUGAUCUUCCCUUUUCCAAUUCCACCCUGCGUUCGCCAGUGUGGGGGUGUUGCUGCUGCAGCUGCUCACCUCCCCCCUCCACCGCCCCCCCAUCCCGCCUGUGUGCCCAUCCCCCCCGCCAGUGUGGGAGUGCUGCUGCUACAGCUGCUCACAGGGUGGGCGGGUCCCUUCAGGGAUGUGGAUGGGCAGCGCACCCACAUCUACCACUGGACCCAACAGCACCUAACAGCUGGUGACUUAUCCCCUCUUCUCGACCCCCUGCUGCUGCCCCCCCGCCCCUCUCCCGCCCUCCUCCUCCCACUCUUCCACCUUGCCCUCGCCUGCUCCUCCUCCUUCCCCUCCUCCCGCCCCACCCCCACCUCUGCCCUCGACGCUUUCAGGCCCUUCCGCUCCUCCCUGCUUGAUCGGGUGAAAUCAGGGGACAGGGAGGGGGGAGAAUGCGGGGAGGGGGGGAAAGGGGAGGGGGUAGAAAGGGGGAAAAAGGGAGAGGGGGAGGGAGGAAAGGAGAGGGGGGAGUGGAAGAGGGGAGAAGAGGAGGGUAGAGGAGAAGGGGAGGGAGGAGAAAAGGGAGAGGAUGUGGGGGAGUGUGUGAGGGUGGAGAGUGGAGGGAGAAGGAGUGGGGUGUCCAUUGAGGAAAGCUCUGAGGGAGCGGGGAGAUGGAACGGUGGCAGUGCGCUGGGUGCCAGGCUGGCAAUGCUCGGUGCAGUGGAUAGUAGGGAGUACGUGGUGUAG